AUGUCUUCUUCUGAUGAAAUUCUCACGAGUCUAUCUCGCAAUAGUGUGGGCCUCAAUUCUCAUGGUUACGACUCUGAAUUUGUCCUUCCCAUCAUGGGUAUGUUCUGUCGGACACCUUUCGAACCAAACUGGAAUAAGAGUGUGAAACCAAAAUGUUUCAUGACGCCAAACGAAAUCAUUACAUAUACCCAGGCUGUCUUGAAUUGCGUCACUGAUCUCGUUGAUAUUGCUGCACCGAUUGUAUAUCUAUCGACCACCCAGUUACGCAAGUGCGCGAAACGAGGAUUUCGAGUUGUCUUCUGUUUGGGUUCGGUUGCGACAGCAUGCUCAAUAGCAAAGACGGUCGAAAUGUCUGCUUUGAAGAAGACGCGGGAUUCAACUUGGGAGUGUAGUAAUUUGACCGUAUGGUCAGCGUGUGAGCUCUCAGUUGGCGUGCUCAUCGCAUCUUUACCACUUCUGCGAAAACCAAUUGACUCCAUGAUCGAUCGCAUACUACCCUCCUCCUUCCUAGUUAGCGACCCGGAUAAUUGUCCUUAUAACAACGGCAUACCUGUGUUCAAUAUUAGCAAGCAGUUCACAAUUGGUAGCAAGCCAACGUGCGAGCGAACAUGGUCGGAAAACCACGAUGAUCGCGACAGCGAUAAGUAUAUACUGAAGGAGACAGAACAGCCUGAGAAAUACGAGACAACAAGGGCGACUCCGCAUGGGGUGUGCAUUGAUGAAAACCCCGGCAUACAGAUAGAAGAUCGUAUCUAUAAUGAUCACAAUUAUGGAAAACUUAGCUUGAAUGCCAGUAAUAAGAUAAAAAUUUGA